AUAAAUAGCUCUUUUAAUUAUUAAGCUAUAAACCUAUACUCCACAAACUCAACCCGCUCAAUAGUCCAAUACGGACCAUAAUCGACCUUGACUCCUUUUUAAAUUGUUACAAAUACAAUUCAACACAACGAAACAAAACUAUUUUAGUGAUCCCCAAAAUCGAUCUUUUAACCCUCACCAAGUCACCAAUAAACUCUCCCCAAGUCUCACUAAAUUUCCUCUACCCCUACUUUUAAGUCUUUGAGUGUGUCCCAAAAAGUCUAAAACCCCAGUUUUUCUCUCUCUAAUCUCUAUACAAUGGUCUUACUCUUAAUACAGAAAUAGUCAAGCAUCAAAGUAUAUUAAGAGAAGGGAAUUCAAGAACACACCCAACAACUUACUUAUCUUUGUUUCUUCAAAUUCUUUCUUAUCUGCACUCUAUAAAGAUAUAAAGUAUACUCCUCAAAAGAAACCUCCUUUUUCCCAUUUACACUUCUGAUUUGAUUUAUAUGUGGUUAAUUAUCGAUUCGCCACAUAGCUAAACGAUGCGAAACGAGCUAUGGUUUGCACUGCCAAUGAUUUACUGGAGUGGAAGGAUUUCCCUAAAGGCCUUAGGAUCCUUCUCCUUGAUGAGGACACAAAUUCUGCUGCUGAGAUAAAAUCCAAGCUUGAGGAAAUGGAGUUCAUAGUUAUUGCAUUUUCUAGUGAGCAUGAAGCUUUAUCUGCAAUCUCAGGCAUAACCGAGAGCUUCCAUGUUGCCAUUGUAGAGGUGAGUAUACACAAUCGCGAUGGGAGAUGUAACUUUUUAGAAGCUGCAAAAGAUCUUCCUACAAUCAUGAUAUCAAAUGAGCAAUGCUUAAAUACCAUGAUGAAGUGUAUAGCGCUUGGUGCAGUUGAAUUCUUAAUAAAGCCACUAUCGGAAGAGAAACUCCGAAAUCUAUGGCAGCAUGUAGUUCAUAAGGCUUUUAAUACUAGUGAAAGGGCAAAGUCAGAAUCACUCAAGUCUGUUAAGGAGUUUGUUGGUUCAGUUCUGGAAAAUCAGCAACAAAGUAUAGCUACACAAACUCAAGUCGCCGAGGAACCAAUAAUAGAUACAGAAAUGGACCAAAAUGAUCAUGAUCAAUCAGCUGCUGGUGAUAAAUUUCCUGCUCCUUCAACUCCCCAAAUAAAACAAGGAGGAAGAUCAGUUGAUGAUGGAGACUCUCAAGAUCAAAUGGCCAACAACUCCCCUGUCAAAGAGGGUGGGGAAUUUGACGGGGAAAACAAAUCUGUCGAUAAUACUAAUAAUGGCAACUCAUUUGCCACAAUGGAGGUGGAUCCACCCCAGCCAACAUCUGUGGCAUCUAUCAAAGAGGAGGACCGUAGUGAUGGAUCUAGGGAGUCGGAUAAAUCCAUACCUAAGAGCCAUGAAAAUGAGGAUACUACUUAUGUUGGUCCCGAUAGUGGAAACUUGAAUAAGGAUUCUAAAAAUACACGUGGAACAAAGGGUAGCCGGAAAAAGAUUAAGGUAGAUUGGACUCCUGAUCUGCAUAAAAAAUUUGUGCAAGCAGUGGAGCAACUUGGUGUUGAUCAAGCCAUCCCUUCUCGAAUCCUAGAGUUGAUGAAAGUGGACGGAUUGACUAGACAUAAUAUAGCUAGUCAUCUCCAGAAAUAUAGAAUGCACAGAAGACACAUUUUGCCUAAGCAAGAAGAACGAAGGUGGCCGCACCCUAGAGAUUCAAUACAAAGGAAUUACUACCCCCACAGACCAGUGAUGGCAUAUCCUCCCUAUCACACCAAUCACAACUUUGCAUCCGGGCAAGUCUACCCCAUUUGGGGACAACAGGGUUGUCAGCCUCCUAGUUAUCCAAUGUGGGGGCCCCCGAGUUAUCACUGGCAGCCCGCUGAAAACUGGCCUUGGAAGCCGCCCUACCCUGCGAUGCAUGCCGAUGCAUGGGGCUGCCCCGUGUACCAACCACCUCCAUGCCCAUCCUCGGCCUUCCCUCAACAAGCACAAGGGACAUAUGGAUUUCACAGUAGUCCUCAUGAGAGCUAUGGGAAGAAUUGUUCUGAUAUUAAUCCGAAAGACGAGGUAAUCGACAAGGUGGUUAAGGAGGCGAUAAGCAAGCCGUGGUUGCCACUACCAAUAGGGCUAAAGCCACCUUCAACUGAUAGUGUACUAGCUGAACUCUCUAGGCAAGGAAUUUCAAUCAUACCUCCCCACAUCAACGGGCACCAUCCAUGCUGACUUGGCAUAUUAAUGCAAGAAGGGCCCAUAUAAGGAGGAUCUGAUGCUGUCAAACAGAAUAGCACAGUUGACAAGUGUCAUGGUCCCCUUAGUCGCCGAUUUUUUCCUAAUCGAUCGAUUGAGGUUCGACCACGUAUGCAACCUUAGAACCACAGAGAUGUUAAUGGCUGUAAAUAGAGCUGACAUGAAUUUGAGUUGAUGAUAUUGGAGUGGUGGGUAGGUCAUGGAAAAAAAUUAUAUGAUCAGAUUGAUCAUAAUGGAAAAAGAAAUUAAAGGGGUGGUGAGUGUGAGUGUGAGUGUGAGUGUGAAUGUGAUGGGUGCAUCAUUGUUUCAAUGUUUGUUGUUUCUUGUUGGUGGGAUGAAAAAGGGUCCUACAGAUCUGAUGGAGUGUACUAUUUUCUGAAGGAAUUGUCCCUUAAUUUGUAGGACUAGUGAUAAAAAAAUUUCCCAUUAUAAAAACUUUUUACCACAGUAAUAAUAAUAAAAGGUCGAUAGCUUUUGAAGAUUGCUCAUGUCUUCUUAGAUCUGUUAUUCAUGUGCUUCA